CGCAAAACAAGGCAGCGAUUGGCUGCUGCCAAACAAACAUCAACAACCAACCAGUCCAGUCAACACAACAUGGCUCAGCUUGACUUUGUCGCGGUUGUGGCCGCUGUUGUGUUGCUCAUGGGCGCGCAUGGGACCGGUGCACAACACAGCAAUGGUGGUGGAGGUGGUGAACGCCGCACAGGCGAAGAACCGGUGAUCACCACGGACGAUGCGGGAAAUUUGAUGCUGGAGAGCGGGUGGAACGGAAGGGUAUUUGUUGGAGGCGUUGACGUGAUGGCCAAGCUGCAAGCGAUCGAGGACCAGCUGGCCGCAACCCGCGCAUGUGCUGCUGAAGGAAAGCUGUGGCUUGGAGAGCGCUGCGUCUCUGCUGUUCCUGGCCUUGAUCCCUGGAACCCUGCCAGCACCUGCGAAGAGCUGCGGCUUCGUGGAUUCUUGUCGGGAGAAUACUAUGUCGGCGGCUCAUCUCCGGCACCUCGCGUCAUGUGCAACAUGACCACCGUACCAGCGACAAACUAUGGCGGCAACGGCCUCUCUGCUGCAACCGCGGGCGUGUCAUGCCUCUCCAUCAAACAACAUCAUCCUCCUCUUGACAAUGGAACCUACUGGGUUACCAUCAAUGGCUCAACACCCUUUCAGGUCACCUGUGUCAACGACGGAUCGAUUGAGUUGGAGGUGCAGGGCAGCGAGUUUUCAUCCACAGGGUGGAUCUUCUCCUUUGAUGACCCGUCAAACUUCUUCAAGUGUAACUGCACGGCUGCUCUCAGCCGUCUGCAGAACCUGACCGGCAACUGGUACACGGGCACAAUCCCACCGACAACUCUGACAAGGGAGUGCGAGGCGUACUUUGACAUUGACUACCGGUCCGCUGGGCAGACGCUCACGCCGCAACAAGUCACAGCCAUCGCAUCCCUCUCAAAGGACAGGGACAACAGAAAUUUUGACGUGUACACGACGUCGUGCGACGAUGACAACAACGUCGCGCCGCUUGGGCAUUGGAUCGGUGUGGAGACGGCUGAUGGCAGCGGCAACUUCACCAUCCAGGAUUGCUCGAGUGGCGAUGGCGGCCUGACGCGACCCGACCCCACCGUUGCCAACGGCAUCAACAUCGGCUGUUGUGAUCACGCCGUCACAGACACGUUCGCCUCCUUCCCGUUCCCGCUGCACGCGUGUGCGUCCAUCAACACGGGCGGUGGUGUCGCGCUCUCCUUCAGCGCGCGCACGCUCCGCAUCAAGGAGAACCCUUAACCCCAUAACAUAACCAACCUUGUCGUUGUCUGUCUGUGUCUGUGGUCUGUGCUUGUGGUCUGUGUCUGUGUCUGAGGUCUAUGUGAGCGUGUGUGUUUUUUUUGUGUCGUGCACUCUGACCAUAAACAACCCC